UCUGCCAUGCCAUUCCUUCGACCAGCGCAAGCGAGGACGGCGCUCUUCGUGCGGGGACCCAGGCACGCAGCUCUCCCGCGGCUGCCACUGCAUGCCCCGUCGGGAGUUGGUGCCACUCCGCUGUCGCUUUUUUCUGGCUGCGCAACUCGCCUGUUCAGCAGCACUCCAGUGCCAUGCUCUGCGCCCUCGAUCGUGUCGACUCAGUGGCUCAAGGACAAUCUCUCGAACGUGGUGGUUGUUGACGGAUCGUGGUAUCCGAAAAGGAGACUUGUCGACGCCCUCGCCGAAGAUGCGCUUGUCAAGACCCGGGAUCCGCUGAGCGAGUAUCUCUCCAUUCACAUCCAGGACGCUCGGUUCUUCGACAUUGACACCAUCGCCGAUCCGCUGGCAUCCAGGCCCCGUCAGCUGCCCAGCGCCUCGGAGUUCGCCGCCAAGAUAGGUGAGCUUGGAAUCAAACCCACCGACCACGUCGUUGUCUACGAUACGCAUGGCAUCUACUCGUCUCCAAGGGUAUGGUGGACAUUCAAGGUCUUUGGCCACGAAAAUGUCUCCGUCCUGGACGGUGGUCUGUUCAAGUGGGUCAGCGAAGGCAACAGUGUGACCCAUGGCCAUGAAACUUUUGAGCCAGCGACCUACAAAGCAACGUACAACCCCGAAAUGGUCAUCGACCACCAAAUGCUGCUGAUGUACAUCACCGAUUUCAUGUUCCAUAAUCAAUCGACGAUCCUGGAUGCACGAUUGCCCACAGAGUUCUCGGGCCGCCCGUACCACAUCCCAGGCACCAACAUACGGAACGGCCAUGUGCCAUCCGCCGUUAAUUUGCCGUACGGUAGCCUGGUUCAGCGCGAAUCUCGGACUCUCAUAUCCCGCGAGCAGCUUCAAGAUCUGUUCACGGCCAAGGGCAUCGACACUCGACGUCCGUUCGUCGCGAUGUGUGGCAACGGCAUCGUGGGAGCGACGCUGAUGCUGGUGCUGGAUAUCCUGGGAGCCAAAGAUGCUCGAUUCUACCCUGGCGGUUGGGAGGAGUGGGCAUCCAACAAGUCCAGCCCUAUCAAGACGUACGCAUAGAGGGACAAGGCCGAUAUCUAGACGGCGGUCCCAGACGCAGGACGGUCCAGGCUCUGUAGUUACGGCGGCAUGUGCUACACUUUAUUCAGAAAAAAACGGGACAAUAUAGCCGUUUCCAUGAACAUGUAGUAUGUGCUGUGCUUGCAUCUAGCAAAGCCACAAGAAAUAAAACAGAUCACUUUGGCAGCCUCCGAGUGAAGACCGCCGGUCGCUCUCCGGUCUCCACA